AUGAAUGCGCUUACAGUUUUGUUUGAUGCGCUCCUCCGUAAUUGGAAGAUCAAUCGUAACACCCCUGGAGGCGGCAACAGCAAGACACAUCGAAGACAAAAUGUGAAGCCCACGGUCAUGGAAGAAGUAGAGUGUUAUAAUUGUAGUCUGUUCUUAGAUGUAAAUAGCACUUUCGAGACAAACUCUACAAGGAAUGGAACACUCAUUAACAAGUUUUAUUUCUACCAGACCGCACAGUUGGCUAUACUGUGGGUGCUACUGGCGGCGAUCGUCGCUGGGAAUGCCACCGUGGUCUUGGCAUUACUUCUUACUAAGUCCAGGAAGAGUCGGAUGAACUUUUUCAUUAUGCAGCUUGCUAUAGCAGAUUUAUGGGUGGGAUUAAUAAGUGUUCUCCCUGAUUUAAUACAACGAAUAACGAUAUCUUGGUUGGCUGGAUCGAUUGCUUGUAAAUUGAUGAAGUAUUUACAGGGUGUAGUUACGUAUUCCUCUACAUACGUUUUAGUUGCACUUAGCGUGGAUAGAUGCGACGCUAUAACACAUCCAAUGAAUUUUACGGGAAGCUGGCGCCGCGCAAGAGCACUAAUUAUAAGUGCGUGGUUGGUCAGUUUUCUGUUCUGCACACCGAUGCUGUUUCUAUUCGAUGAAGCAAAUAUUGAAGGUACUCUUCAAUGUUGGUCAAGUAUGAACAAACUACAGUGGCAAAUUUGGAUGACAAGCGUUUUUGUAUCACUGUUUGUAGCACCUGCUUUUACAAUAUCCGCUUGCUAUGGUGUUAUUGUGGUUACAAUACGGCAGAAGAGUAGAAGAGUUUUAGGUAAAAGGGCUUGUGCUACUAGACAAUAUAGUGAUGACUUGGAUAGCCGCCGGGCGAGCAGUCGUGGCAUUAUUCCGAAGGCAAAAAUAAAAACUGUCAAGAUGACUUUUGUUAUUGUUUUUGACACACAAGUCAAUAUUGCCAUCGCAUCGCUCAUCCGAAGCCUUGCUCCGCUCAACUAUGCUGCAAAUCUCGUUAUCUACUUUAUAUUUUCCAACAGGAUAUUUCUCAGCCUUAGGAACAUUCCACCAUAUAAAUGGUUCUGGUGCUGGAUGAAGAACACAGGCAGUCCUACGGGUAACGAGUCUAGGGCUCACACGGAGUUGCUGACAUCAUCACACAGAAGAACCAGACAUGAGCUUACUAUAAGACUAAAUGAUGACAGUAUAAAGAUGCCUAAGCAACGUCUCCAUCAAUGUAAUAGCAAUUCUCGCAAGGUUCGUCUUCAUGUUCCAGAAGGGCAAAACGAAUAUCACAACAACAGUCAUCAGCAGCAUGGAAGAGCAAGGGAAGAUACAUUUUUGUAG